AUGGAAGCCUGCUCUACCUGCGCAACCGUCCUCGAGUCAACGCCGGCUUAUACUGAAGAUGAACUAUCGCCCCAGGACCGUCGAGUUCAGUGUUGCUAUAGGGUUAUCUGUGGCAAAUGCAUCGUCAAGAAUGAACGCUUUGCAAACUAUUGUCCUUACUGUCAAGUCUCGACCGUCCCCUCCUCUCUGCCACAGGGCCUGAGAGAGCCGCCAGCUUACACCUCGUGGCCCUCGUCGAGUUCAAGAACGGCGGAUAUCUCGGGUGCCCCGCCACCAUACACACCAGCUUCACCCCGCAAAGUCGCUACCACAGAUGUCGAGAACGAGAAGGCGGCGACGGCAGACGAUGGCUCCAAGGAGAAUGUUCUAGAUACCCUUCAUUUCCUCGAUCAUCGACACGAUAGCGUCAACUCGUUGUCCCUUCGAUACGGCGUCCCCGCCACCGUUUUGCGAAGAGUGAACAAUAUCACCAGUGACCACCUUCUAGUCGGCAGACGCACCGUACUUAUCCCUGGCGAAUAUUAUAAGGGCGGCGUCAGUCUUUCGCCACGACCUAUCGAGGGCGAAGAGGAGGAAACGAGAAAGGGAAAGAUCCGGCGCUUCAUGACUUCUUGCAAGGUCUCCGACUAUGAUGUAGCCGUGCUGUACCUCGAACAGUCUGGCUAUGACCUUGAGACCGCCGUUACGGCAUACCUAGACGACGACAAAUGGGAGAGGGACCAUCCAUCACAGAUACCAGGAAAAGGGAAGAAGACCGACAGAUACAAGAACCGCGGCCCCUUCUGGAGAGGGCUUUGA